CUCUCUCAACUCAAUCUGUGGACUCAAGAAUCUAAUUUAAAAAAAUUAUUAUUUAAGUUUUAUUUCCAAAACUAACGUGUUUCCAGCAGGCGGCUGUCUUUGGGAAUUAUGUGUCGACAAAAGCAGAAUUUGCUGUGGUUGAUGAUCAUCUGUUGUGCUCUGUGCCAGAUAACCUGCUCAGAAAAUCUGACAAUACAAGUUGAUUUGACAGAUAAGCGUUUCUGUGACAGUAGUAAUAUCUCAUCAUAUCCAGAUAUAAAAUGGACAUGUCUGCCAGCUUAUGAAUCACCAGGAACUGUCAAACUAAAUAUCUCUAUUGGACAAGGCAGAUCAUACACUCUUAACAUAACAAAAAAGGGGGAGAAUUAUAAGAUCGGAAUGAAUGAGAUGGAUGAAGGCAUGCAACUGUGUUUUUUGGGAGAGUGAUGAUUGUCUGCCAUCAGCCCAGGAAGGUUGUUUGAAAAUCCCAUUUGAUGAUCCUGAAGGAAAUUGUACAAACCUUGCAUCUAAUGGUGACGACAAAUCCACUCUACAACUAUUGAAGGGUGAAUGUAUAAGUGUAACCUGUGAUGACAGUAAUCCGGAAGGUGUUGAAGCCUCAGAAGCAUCAGACUACUUGAAUUAUGUGGAGUCUACCUGGAUGGAGGAGAUGGAAAAAAACAAUAUAAGCAAAGGGAAUGUCAGAGGGAAUACUACUGGUCUUUUCCAAAUACAACAUGAAAACACAGAAACCAUAGACACAUGCUACUCGUCAGAUCAGAACAUGAUAAAUGUUGUUAACUGUUCAAGCAUCCUGGAUACAAACUUUUCAUGGGCUGUAAAAAUCCCCAAGGAAGCCGUGAAUAAAUCACGACAGGAAAACAAUGGAUGUGCGUUUGUUGUAGUUCUACAGUUUAAAAAUAUGACAAACAAGAAUCAAACUAAUAAUCAGACUGUUCUGAACAAUGCGGUUUAUGGAAUAACAAUGAGGGCCAAUAUCUCUAACCUUACCGACAAUAUUGAAAUGAUCUUUACACAAAAUGAUAAGGUCAGUGAGGCCUCCUGCGUUUCUUGGGAUGGCAAAGGAGAACUUGAAUGGACGACAGUCGGCUGCGAGACAGAAAUCAACAACAACACCAUAAAGUGCUCCUGCUCACAUCUGACGUUUUUUGCAGUGCUGAUGUCUCUUCCAGAUGCAGAUGUCACAGCGCCGUAUCUGGAAACAUUGACUUUAAUCUCUUCUAUCGGCUGUGGCAUCUCCAUAUUUUUUCUGUCCAUCGCUUUAUUCAUGCAUUUCCUGCUACGGAAAGCCAAAUCAAAUCAGGCCACGAAGAUCUUGAUGAACAUGUUUGUGUCUUUGUGUCUACUGAAUGCUGCGUUUUUGUCAAACGAGAGCGUCGCUAACACACAAGACAACACUGCGUGCGUCUUCAUAGCGCUGGUCCUGCAUUACUCCAUGCUGGCCUCAUUCACCUGGUUCUUCAUUCAAGCUCUUCAUAUGUACUUAUGGCUCAUCAGACAGAACGUCACCAUCACAAACUACAUGAGGAAGAUCACCGUGUUGGGCUGGGUGUGUCCAGCUCCAAUAGUCGCAGUUAUCGCUUCUGUUGGAGGAUAUAAAGCAGUGAUCCUAAACGCAGCAUCUGGAAAAAUCACACGAAUGUGCUGGAUUACAAAUGCUUACAUUCACUACAUAGUGAACAUCGGCUACUACACUUUAGUUUUCAUCUUCACGACAGGAAUCUUCAUCAUGAUCGUCACUAAGGUCGUUCAGGCCAGAAUCAUAAGAGCGACUGACGGCAAGAGAAAGACGUUCAGAAAGCAGCUGAUGAUGGUGUUGAGUUUGUUCCUGCUCUUCGGUCUGACGUGGUCUGUGAUGUUCUUCAGUUAUGGAGCGAUGAUCAUUCCCUCAUAUUACAUAUUCACUGUGCUCAACUCGUUUCAGGGGUUUUUCCUCUUCCUGUAUUACUACCACAUUCACAAUGACGUUGCGGGUCAUUUCUCAGAUGAUCCAGAAAGCACCGACUCCAACACAAUCAUCUCUCAAUCCAGUAUUAAUGCUGUGGAAAAUAUUCAUAACUAGCAUAAUUACGAAAUAAGGCUUUCUUUGUCUCAAACUUUCUUUCUCUUAGAUUAAAAUAAUGUAAGUACGUACAAUUAUGACCAUAAAAGGGUCAGUUUUACUGACAUCAGUCAAAACAAAUGACAAAUAUCUGUUGAUCACUAUUAAAAACUUGUAGAAGGAUUGAAUUGUGUUUUCAAAUCUAUGAUAUGAUCUGACAUCACUGUUCUUCAAUUUAUUGAGUGUUAUAAUCAUCAAUGUGUGAUCAUGUGCGUGUGAGAGUGACUCA